GAAAUCAGCUGCAGGUGCCGCCGGAAGUGUGCGAGUCUCUCGACCAGAAGAAGCUAGCCACACUGAAUUGCACUCUGCCGCUCAUUAAUAUCAAAGAAACCAAAUAAUAGUUAAAAUGAGCACUGCAGUUCCCAACCAUCGAAGGACCAAGCCUGGAGACAUGCCAGAGGUGGAUGUUUCUGUAACCCAAGUACUGGUCAACAGCCUGGUCAUGGAUGGAGUUCCAAGUGACUGUACAGUUCAGCUCAAGCAUUAAACCAGGCGCUGCAGCCAGCGGUGCAACUGGACCAACCUCCCAGAUUCCGGGUCUGUCACAGACUGCUGAUGAAACCGCACCAGCAGAGAGGACUAGUGGUCGACGCGUUGGGAUUUUUGCGACUGACUCUGACUAUGUUAAGCUUGCAAAGCAGGGCGGACAUAAAGGGCUGCUAUGCUUUGAUGGUGACGCAGAAGAAAAACCAUCAAAGGCCUACGAUCCACCCAAAUGGUUCGGAGGUGAUGAGUCAAAGAGUGGAAGCAAAGCAACAUCUCCCAAUGACCAGUCGAAAGGGGGCAGCCAGGCUCUGUUUGCACCGUUUGGUACUGAUAACUGUACCUCCUGGGAAAAGGAGUCUGAUACAUUUUCUCAUGCUAAAGAUAAGAUGUCUCCAGAUGGUGCUGCAAGUGAUUUGGACGGUCUGUCCCUAAACAGCAAAUACAAGAGAAUAUCUCAUGAUAAGAAGGCUCCUCCAGUCAGUAUGUCUAAACUGCUGAGUCAUGGUUAUGUGGAAGAGAAGAAGAAGUCACCAAAUGAUGACGACACUUCAAGCGUGACUUCAGAUCAUACCAGCACCAUUGCAACGGAGGACGGGGAUGAUCUGGAGUAGGGCUGUUUCACACCUGGAAGAAUUGAUGUAGGGCGUCGUCCAUAAAUGCGUCACGGUGUCACCACACCGUGAACAGGCCGCUCUUGCAUUAUUUGUACAUCCACUGAGUUUUAGGUUGGUUUUUUUAACUCAUGUUUAUGCAAAAGGUACUGGCGUCUGUUUGCUUUAUUUAAAGAAAAAGUAUUCCGUUGAGUAGAAGUGUUGGUACACACAGUAUUUUCGUUUAAAACUGUGGUUUUAAGGAGAUUUGUGCUGUGGGCAGGAAAUUAAUAUUUAAGCUCAGCCUCAGCUGCUCACUGUUUAACAUAUUCGACUUGUGGCUGGUGGCUGGUGUUCAAUUCCCUACCUAGUCGUACGAACUUCGAGAUUGUGAAGUUUCAGGUGCUUUUUGUGCUUAUAAAUUGUGGUUCUAGUGAUGUGAAUAUUUAGUUUUGCUUCGAAUCGAGGGGCUCCUGUUUGUUAAGGAUGUUACUGUUUGAGAUGUGUCUGCGUGUUUGGGCCAAAAGAGGAGGCAGGCAUUUGUGACAUUUAGGUUGCUGCAAACCACUUCUCUGAAGUUUAGUAGAUUCCAGCUAAACAGUCAUUUACUCUACAGCUAAACUUUUCACCAUUCCAUAAUAUAUGAAGAAGCUGCUGAACGAACUUGAGGAAAGUCAAGGUUUUAGGCAGUGAUUCACUCUAUAAAUUCAUAUUCUUCUCCUCUGUCUGAUAUAUAAAAGGCCUACUGACAGUCCAAUUACUGUGCCAUAUUUUUGGAUGGUUAUAUAACCAUGCCAACCAAAAGGUUUCUCCUGCUCAUGAAGUCUUCAUGCACAGCCUGUUCAAAACAAACCCUUCUUCUCAAACUUUUUUUUUUGUAAGCUGCCUGUUGGGAUUUUAUUCUGUCCAGGUUACUGCUGCAUCAUUUUCAAGUAUAAAAAGAAAUCUCAAGAACUGGGACACCGUCAGCAGCCCACCUGGUUGAACAAAUUCCCAUGUGGAAAAAGUAGGAAAGCUGCAGCAUUUUCGAAACGAGUCCAGUCCACAUUUGCGACCACAGUGAUGCCAAACAGGCCAAAACGUCAGAG